AUGGAUGUGUUUCUUAUGAUCACGCGAGAGAAGACCACCAUCUUCGCUGAGGCCCAGGAGUCGAGCACGGUCUUAGAGCUGAAGCGCAUUAUCCAGGGCAUCCUGAAGAGGCCUCCUGAGGAGCAGCUGCUGUUCAAGGAUGACCAGCUCCUUGAUGAGAGCAAAACUCUGCGUGACUGUGGCUUCACUAGCCGUGUAGCAAAGCCAGAGAACCCAGGCCUCGUGACCCUGGCCUUCAAAGAAGACGCCUUUCAAUGGCUGCAUCCCCACCCCUUAUCUUGUCCACUAAUUGAAAGUGUGGUGAAAAAUGACCUACUUAGAAAGCCAGAGUGA